AUGACGCCGAUGGUGCGGAGAAUGGUUGCUUUUGCAUUUGCUUCUGCCUCAGGUCUGCUUCAGACUCAUCCCCUAGGGAGAGGUACUCUGAACAACUUCUUGCACUGUUCCUCUGUCUUAAGCUGUCGGAGAUCGUCUUUUUCCGAUGUUAGAGACCGCAAUAUGUCAUACAGAGACAGAUUGAGAUGUGGGGUUCAUGAUUGUCAUGCCGAGUAUGCUGUUGAUUUGUUCGAUCAGAUGGUUCAGUCUCGUCCCGUACCUUCCAUCGUCGAUUUUACUAAACUAUUGAGUGCAAUCAUGAAGAUGAAACGGUAUGAUGUUGUCAUUUUCCUCUGCAAGAAAAUGGAAUUGCUCGGGGUUUCACAUAAUAUCUACUCUUUGAAUGUUCUCAUCAACUGUUUCUCCCACUCUCCUCAAGUGUUUUUGGGUUUAUCUGUCGUGGGCAAAAUCUUGAAACUCGGUUACGAGCCGAAUGUAGUCACCUACACUACCCUAGCUCAUGGUUUCUGUAUCCACGGAAAGAUUUCAGCGGCCUUAAGCUUGAUUGACCAAAUGGUGGAAGAGGGAUACAAACCUAAUGUCGUAACAUUUAGUACUUUGAUCAACGGAUUUUGCCUUGAAGGUAGAGUCUCUGAAGCAUUGAGUUUACUUGAUCAGAUGCAAAAGAUGGACUGUCAGCCCGAUGUAGUUACAUUUCGCAUUGUUAUAAACGGGGUCUGUAAGGCAAGAGAUUAUGCGUUGGCAAUGAAUCUACUCGAGAAGAUGGAGGAAAUGCAUAUUGAGAUCGAUAUCGUAAUUUAUAAUACGAUCAUCGACUAUCUUUGCAAAGCCGGACACGUGGAGGGUGCACUGAACCUUUUCGGAAAGAUGGAUAGUUGUGGGAUUGUACCUGAUGUAGUAACUUUUAAUUCAAUGAUAAAUGGUUACUGCAAGGCUAAUAGAGUCGAUAAGGGCAACCUUGGUGCUGCCCAAAAGGUUUUCAUGCAGAUGCAGUAUAAGGGUCAUCGUCCUGAUCUUGUGACUUACAACAUUGUGCUUGAUGGACUUUGUAAGAAUGGAAAAACGGACAUGGCACUUUGCCUAUAUAAUAAGUUGGAUAAGAGUGGGAUUGACCUCCAUAUACCUCUCCAUAGUUGCAUGAUGCAUGGUUUGUGCAGGGUUGGGAGGGUUGACGAAGCGUUGAUAUUAUUUAAUAAGCUUCUUGACAGAGGGGUGAAGCCGGAUGUGAUCAUGUAUAACAUAAUGAUCUCCGGACUUUGCGGAAAAGAUUUACUCUAUGAAGCCGAGAAGGUAAUUGGGAAGAUGAAAGAGACUGGUUGUUUUCCCGACGAUGGUACGUAUAACGCAUUGAUCAGGGGUCGUCUUAGAAGUCGCUUUCCAUCGAUGGUUAUCGAGCUGAUACGAGAAAUGCAGAGCAAUGGUUUUUCUAUGCAUGCAUCGACGUCAAAUAUGAUAAGGGAUAUGGUAUAUGGAGAUUCUGAUGAAAAUGCCCAUAAAGGCAUGGUAAAAUCAAAGGUGAGAGAGUCUGUGGUUUGUGUCUCAUUUGUUACAAGAAGAAGAAGCAAUGCAAUCCGUGCGUCGAAAGAGCUUUCGGAGACGGGAAAAGGGCUAAACAUGGGUGGAGGCCCAGAAGCUCCAGGGGGUCGAUGGUGGACAAUAAAAGGGAAGUUGGAGAAACACCUGGAGAUAACUAAGCCUGAUGCCGAGGAGGAGCUGCCGAGUGGAUUUCCAUGGUGGAUAAAUACUCAACUUCGAUUUGCUUAG